AUGGCGUUAGCAACAAGAGGAAUAUCGACCACGCAACCACUUUCAGAAAAACAAGAAGUAAAUAUAACGUUUGUUAAAGCAAGUGGAGAGAGAAUCAAAGCAAAAGGGAAAGUUGGAGAUACUAUAUUAGACAUAGUAGUAAAUAAUGAAAUUGAUUUAGGUGCUUGUGAAGGAACAUUAACUUGUAGUACGUGCCAUUUAAUAUUUUCGAAAGAAGUUUAUGAUGCACUUCCUGACAAACCAACAGAUGAAGAAUUAGACAUGUUGGAUUUAGCAUAUGAAUUAACAGAUACGUCACGGCUAAGCUGUCAAAUAGUAAUGUCUAAGGAACUAGAUGGAAUUGAGGUAAGAGUUCCAUCAACAAUUAAUGAUGCAAGAGCAUAA